CAGUCACGUGACCCGUAACCGCUUUUUGGUCAUCUGCGGGGAGCGCGCUCCUCCUCUUCCUCCUCCUCCUCCUCCUCUUCAUCCUCCAGCAUCUUCCUCCUCUGCCGGUGGAGGGCGGGAGUCUCUCACGUCCUUCCUCUCGCUCCUGCAUCCUCAUCCUCCUCAUCCUCCCAAAGUCUAAUCCUCUCCGGAGCACCUUUUUUUUUUUUUUUUAAAUAUAUUUCCACGGACUAUCCAACUCGUCUUCCCUCUUGGAGUGUGCGUGCGUGUGUGUGUGUGUGUGUGUGUGUGUGUAUGUGGUGGGGGGGUGGGUUCCUCCAGUCGGACCACUUGGACUAUACCGGACCGGACUGGACCUUCUUCCCCCCCCCCCCCUCCUCCCCCGUGUCGGCGUGGAUGUGCCGCCGCCGCUGCAUGAUCUCGCCAUGGAGCUGCUGCUGGUGUGCGUCUCCCUGUGGAUAUUGCAGUGCAAGCCGGCCGAGGCGGACUCCAUCAUACACAUCGGUGCCAUAUUCGAGGAAAACGCGGUGAGGGAUGACGAAAUUUUCCAGCUGGCCAUUUCGGACCUGGCCCUCAACGACGACAUCCUGCAGAGCGAGAAGAUCACCCACUCUGUCAAACUGAUCGAGCCCAAUAACCCCUUCCAGGCCGUGCAGGAAGCAUGCGAGCUGAUGAACCAGGGCAUCCUGGCCCUGGUCACGUCCACGGGCUGCGCCGCCGCCAGCGCCCUGCAGUCCCUGACCGACGCCAUGCACAUCCCCCACCUCUUCAUCCAGAGGAACGGGGACGGCGCCCCCCGGGCGGCCUGCCAGCUCAACCCCAGCCCGGACGGAGAGAGCUACACCCUGGCCGCCCGGCCCCCGGUCCGCCUCAACGACGUCCUGCUCGCCCUGGUCUCCGAGCUGCACUGGCAGAAGUUCAUCAUCUUCUAUGAGGGCGACUACGAUAUCCGUGGUCUGCAGAGCUUCAUGGACCAGGCUUCCCGCCUGGGCCUGGACGUGUCCCUGCAGCGGGUGGACCGCAACGUCAGCCGGGUCUUCACCGACCUUUUCAACACCCUGAAGACCGAGGAGCUCAACCGCUACCGGGACACGCUGCGGCGGGCCGUGCUGCUCAUGAGCCCCCGGGGAGCACAGGUGUUCAUCCACCAGGCGGUGGAAACCAACCUGGCCUCCAAGGACAGUCACUGGGUCUACGCUAACGAGGAGGUGAGCGACGCUGACAUCAUGGAGAUCAUGGAAAUCAGCUCCCUGGGCCGCAUGUCUCUGAUCCGCCAGGUGUUCCCCCUGUGGAAGGACACCAAUGUGCGCUGCAUGAGGAACAACCACCGCAUCUCCUCGCUGCUCUGCGACCCCCAGGAGGGCUACCUGCAGUCCCUGGAGGUGUCCAACCUCUACCUGUACGACAGCGUCCUGAUGCUGGCCAACGCCUUCUACAGGAAGCUGGAGGACAGGAAGUGGCACAGCAUGGCCAGCCUCAACUGCAUGAGGAAGUCCACCAAGCCGUGGAACGGAGGAUGGUCCAUGUUGGACACCAUCCAGAAGGGACGCAUCAGCGGCCUGACGGGGUUGAUGGACUUCCGGGCGGAGGGCUCCAACCCUCACGUGCAGUUCGAGAUCCUGGGAACUAGCUACAGCGAGACCUUUGGGAAGGACGUGAAACGGUUGGCGUCUUGGGAUUCCACCCGGGGUCUGAACGGAAGCUUAAAGGAGAACCGGAUCGAGAGUGGAAUGCAGGGUGUGACCCUCAAGGUGGUGACUUUACUGGAAGAGCCCUUCGUGAUGGUGGCAGAGAACAUUCUGGGCCAGCCCAAGCGAUACAAGGGCUUCUCCAUGGACGUCCUGGACGCCCUGGCCAAGAUCCUGGGCUUCAAGUACGACAUCUACCAAGUGGCGGACGCCAAGUACGGCUCGGCGCUCCCUGACGGCUCCUGGAACGGCUUGAUGGGCGAGCUCAUUGGCAAGAAGGCGGACGUGGCGGUGGCGGCCAUCACCAUCACACCGGAGCGAGAGCGAGUGGUGGACUUCAGCAAGCGCUACUUGGACUACUCGGUCGGGAUCCUCAUGCGAAAGUCCGAGGAGAAGAUCAACAUCUUCUCCCUGCUGGCGCCCUUCGACCUCGCCGUGUGGGCGUGCAUCGCCGCCGCCAUCCCGGUGGUGGGCGUCAUGAUCUUUCUGCUAAGGCGCAUCCAGGCCGUGCGUUGCCAGAAGAACACGGGCGGCCACCCGCCUCCCUCCGUGACCACGUCUCUGCAGAGCGCCAUCUGGAUCGUCUACGGCGCCUUUGUCCAGCAAGGCGGCGACACCAUCCUGGGAUCGGUGGCUCUGAGGAUCGUGAUGGGCAGCUGGUGGCUCUUCACACUCAUCGUGUGCUCGUCCUACACCGCCAACCUGGCCGCCUACCUCACCGUGUCCCGCAUGGACAACGCCGUACGGUCUUUCCAGGACCUGUCCAAGCAGGUGGACCUGGUGUACGGCACGGUGAGGGACUCUGCGGUCUACGACUACUUCCAGGCCAAAGGCACCAACCCUCUGGAGCAGGACAGCACCUUUGCCGACCUCUGGAAGACGGUCAACAAGAACAACGGCUUGGAAAACUCCGUCUCUGGCCCCGAAGAAGGCAUCAAAAAGGCAAAGCGGGAGUCCUACGCCUUCCUGUGGGACAUGGCGGCGGUGGAAUACGCCGCUCUGACCGACGACGACUGCACGCUGACGGUGGCCGGCAACAGCAUCAGCACCAGAGGCUACGGCGUGGCCCUGCAGCACGGCAGCCCUUACAGAGACCUCUUCUCUCAGAAGAUUCUGGAGCUCCAGGAGAAAGGCGACCUGGACAUAUUGAAGCAGAAGUGGUGGCCGAAGAAGGGCCGCUGCGACCUGCAGAGCCACGCCGACGCCCAGACCGAGGGCCGGUCGCUGCACCUGCACAGCUUCGCUGGGGUUUUCUGUAUCCUGGCGGCCGGGUUGCUGCUGGCCCUGCUGGUGGCGGCGCUGGAGACCUGGUGGACCAGCAACCACUGCCGCAGGAAGGAGCCCAAAGAGGACAAGGAGAUGAACUUGGCUCAGGUCCACCAGCGUUUGAACAGCCUCCUGGACCAAGACCUGGCCCACAAGCAGCUGCCCGGCCAGUCCAUCGAGAUCUCCGCCCUGGACAUUAGCAGCAUGCAGCCCAGCCAGUCCCUGGAGGUCUUGUCCGCCAGGGAGUACCCCGCCCACCGGGGGCCGCCGCCCCUCUCGGUGAGCACCUUCCUGCGGGAGGGCCACGGGGCCGGGCGGACACUGGGCGCGGCGGGCGGCCGGACCUUGCCCCUGCCGCUCAGCAGCGCCACCAUGCCCUCCAUCCGCUGCAAACACCGGGCGCCCAACGGGGGGCUCUUCCGCCAGAGCCCGGUCAAGACCCCCAUGCCCAUGUCCUACCAGCCGGUGCCCGAGGGGAAGGCCGGUCAGGGGACCUCCAUCUGAGAUCUGAGGGGACCGCCGAGAAGCCAACAGGAAACACCUUUUUAUUACCCGUGGAGGUGCCAGGCCGGACUCUUACUGUACAUAUUUGUAAGUAUCGAGAGAGAAAAAGCCACAUUACAAAAUGUAUUUUCAAUAUUCUCGACUUCAAAAAAACGAAAAGUAUUAAAAAAAAAAAAAAUGACUGUUUAAAUGGCUUUGGUUUUUUUUCUUUUUCUUUUUUUUUGCUCUCUACAAAAUAAUGGUGACAUUUUUUUAUAUAUUUUUUUUUUGUGUUGGUUGUUUUCUAAGUGCCAAGAUGUUUGUUUGUUUUUGUUUUUUUGUUUUUUUUCAAAUAACUGAAUGUACUGUUGAGAAAGAAGAACUCCACCUCUCAAAAGACAUUUCGCGGCGAUAAAAGAAAAAAAAGACAUUUCGACUAUGACGAUUUGUUUCCUAUGAAAAGAAUAAAAAAGUAUAUGACAAACAAGUCGUGCUGCUUGUGUCAUAAUUCGGCCUCGUGUUCGUCGACAUGACUUUUGGACGUCUCCGACUUUUGGGCAUGAAAAAGCGAUUUUUUUGUGGGGGUUGGUGCACUAAUUGUAAGUGUAUCUUGUGUUUUCUAUGUUGAUUUGAUAAAAAAAAAAUAUAAAAAAAUUAUUCUGCGGCCCGGUGGUUGGGGACCACUGUUUUAAGGUAUUUACUGCAAAUGCACUAGUCAAAUAUCCUAUCUGACUACCUUUGGUUUAAGCACUGAACUAUCUAUUAAACACAACAGCAAGCAAGGAAUCAGGCAGAGACAGAUUUCAAUUUUGCCCAUGAGGAGAACGCAUGGAGCUGCGCACUCAGUUACAGUCCCACCCUAUGCUCUGAGGAACAGCCCCAGCGCUCCUCUAUUUAUUGCGUUUGAGAGUUCCCUAGUUACAUCACUGAGGCUGCUUCUAUAGGGGGGGGGGGGCACAUAUUAUGCAAACAACUGAAUGUACUGUGAGAAAGAAGAACUCCACCUCUCAAAAGACAUUUCGCGGCGAUAAACUAAAAAAACAAAAACAAAAAAAAAGACGUUUCGACUAUGACGAUUUGUUUCCUAUGAAAAGAAUUAAAAAGUAUAUUACAAACAAGUUGUGCUGCUUGUGUCAUAAUUCGGCCUCGUGUUCGUCGACAUGACUUUUGGACGUGUGCACAAUCAUUUUAUUCCAUAAAAACAUUGUGUUAAUUGUGAAAAAUAUCGACUAUUUUAGCUCCAAUCGGUAUGUUAAAAAAGUUUAAGUACCAA